AUGUCAAGAACCGUCACUCACUUGGAUUCCAUGUCCGCCCCUCAUGUGGCCCUCCUCCCGAGCUCCGGGAUGGGACACCUGAUGCCAUUCCUUCGACUAGCCGCCGCGCUUCUAGCCAAGGAAGUCCGUGUCAUGCUCAUCACUGCCCACCCCAUGGUCUCGGAGGCUGAGAAUGAGGCCCUGUCUAGCUUCUUGUCAGCAUUUGAUAAGGUCACCUCAGAGCGGCUGGACCUCCUUCGGAUUGACCCCGAGCAGUCCAUGGCCACUGAUGACCCAUUCUACCGCCACAUUGAUCUCAUCCGCUGCUCUUCUCAUCUCCUCUCUCCGCUCCUUUCCUCAGCAUCGCCGCCCCUUUCAGCCAUCAUGACGGACAUGAGCUUGGUCUCUGCUGUUCUUCCCGUGACCAGGGCACUCGCGAUCCCAAAUUAUGUCUUGUUCACAUCAUCUGCUAGGAUGUUGACGCUCUUCGUAUCGAGCCACAGGAUAUUCAACUGGAAAGUUAUGGCAGAAGAGACGGAUGAGGUUCAGAUACCGGGUCAAGAACCGAUGCCCAUCAGGUGGAUUCCUUCAUCCUUCCUCCAAGACGAGAACGACUUCUUGCGAAACUACCUCGUCGAGAAUGGAAGGAGUAUGAUGGAAUCCGAGGGGAUACUGAUCAACACGUUUGAGGAUUUUGAGCACGAUACACUAAAGGCACUGAAUGAUGGGAAAGUCAUAAGCACAUUGCCUCAGUUGAUACCCAUUGGGCCAUUGCCUCCAUUGGAUCACGAGACUGGGAUUGGAUUGGCAUGGCUCGAUGAUCAACUUUCCCAAUCCGUAGUGUAUGUGAGUUUCGGAAGCAGAACAGCCAUCUCGAGGAAUCAGAUGAGGGAGCUGGGGGAAGGGCUAUUGAGCAGCGGCUUCAGGUUCCUCUGGGUCGUGAAAGAUAAGAAAGUUGAUCGAGACGAUGGAGAAGAGCUGGACAUGGUGGUAGGGCGAGAAUUAAUGACAAGGUUGCGCGAGAGAGGGUUAGUCAUGAAGAGUUGGGUGGCCCAGAAUGAGAUACUGAGGCACCACGCAAUCGGUGGAUUCGUGACUCACUGUGGGUGGAACUCGAUCGUGGAGGCGAUUUGGAAUGGAGUGCCCAUUCUAGCUUGGCCUCAGCACGGAGACCAGAAGAUAAACUCGAGUCUCGUGUUGAGAAGCGGAAUCGGGAUAUGGGAAGAGAGAUGGGGAUGGCCAAUUACAGAGCCUGCAGUGAAAGCGGAGAAAAUUGCCGCAAGGAUCAAGGAGAUGAUGUGCAAUGAACUGUUGAGAUCACGAGCACGGGCCAUGAAAGAAGCAGCUAGGAAUGCUAUCGCUAUCGACGGAAGUUCGACCAAGGGAUUGAUGGAACUCAUUGGCUUGUGGAAGAACGAGGGAACGUGA